AUGGCCGAGAACACCUGUAUCAUGGCUGAAAUGCGUGAACUUGUUCCUCCAAUUAUGAAUGAGAAAACUACCAAGCUGAUGAUAAGAGCAGGAGAUCCAUUAGUUGUUGCAUGUGUAGCAUAUGCAAAUCCAAAACCUACGUACAGAUGGCAUACUAAACGUUCAAGUAAUGAGGAAUCAAUGCAGCAUAUGCUGGCUACUGGAAGGGCUAAGACAAAAGAUGGUACUCUUAUUAUAUCGGCUGUCAUAAAAGCCGAUAAUGGUGCUUUUUUUUGCACUGUGACAAACUCAGAGGGAACCGAAACAUUCAAAGUAGAUUUAUCUGUAACAUCUGCAUUAAGCGCUAGCAUACAGCCCGCCGUACAGACAGUUAGUCUGGGUCAUACUGCUGAUUUAGUUUGCAGUGUAUCUGGAUUUCCCACACAAAAUAUUAUUUGGAUGAAAGAUGGCGGUACCUUGCGCACAGGUUCUCGUGUACGACUCUUAUCCAAUGAGCAUAUUCAUAUCUCGUCCAUCGUAAAAGAAGAUAAGGGAAUGUAUCAAUGUAUUCUUAAAAACGAUUUUGAAUCUACUCAGAGCUCCGCUGAAUUAAGAUUAGGAGAAGUUGCCCCUCAGUUGCUCUACAAGUUCAUUGAACAAACUAUGCAGCCAGGUCCAUCCGUAUCAUUAAAGUGCAGCGCUAGUGGAAAUCCGACACCAAAAAAUUGUGUGGUAUGUGGAUGGGUUUCCUUUGCCUAA